CCCCUCACACACGCCGACAGGGUCGGCGGUUUUCUUCCGCCUCCGUGAUGGUUCAAGUGAUUUUUGCGAAAACGAUUUUGUUCAACGCAACUGCUUAGAUAGGCGAUGGCUGCUGCGCGCACCAUGCAGGUGGGGCUGCUCUUGGCGAUCCUGGGGUCUGCGCGUGCGACGUGCUUGAAGCCUGGCUACGACAUGGGUGACAGCGCCAACAGCUGCGGCUACGCGCCCGAGGUGAAGGUCUUCGGCGGGCCUGGCUACGACUUCUCCGCUCACUCGUGGAUCGCGAGCAAGGGCAUCACGACCGAGGCCGUCGGAGCGGCGGAGGACCUCGAUUCCGCCACGGACUGCCAGGCCCUGUGCCUCGGCGCCGGGGCCGACUACUUCGCCUACGAUCCCGUCGCGCUCUGCGUCUGCAAGGCGGAGUAUGCGGAGGCUUCUUGCUACCCGCUCUAUGCUCCGUACGAGUCGAGCAGUGCCAUGAUCGCAGGUCCGGCUUCCUGCGGGACAUGCUUCCGAGUGGAUCAUGACAUGGGCGCCGAUUUCAACGGCUGCGGCUACGCGCCCGAGGUGAAGAUCUUCGGCGGGCCUGGUUACGACUUCUCCGCUCACUCGUGGAUCGCGAGCAAGGGCAUCACGACCGAGGCCGUCGGAGCGGCGGGGGACCUCGAUUCCGCCACGGAUUGCCAGGAGCUUUGCUUCGGCGCCGGAGCCGCCUACUUCGCGUACGAGCCCGACCAGCUCUGCGUCUGCAAAGACCCGUACGAGGCCUCGAAUUGCACUUUGUUCGGGGAGCGCACAAACAUUACUGCUGGACCGACAGUGUGCCAAGACUGCUUCAGGGGCAGCGACAUGGGCGCCGACUUCAACGGUUGCGGCUACGCGUCCGAGGUGAAGGUCUUCGGCGGGCCUGGCUACGACUUCUCCGCUCACUCGUGGAUCGCGAGCAAGGGCAUCACGACUGAGGCCGUCGGAGCGGCGGACGAGCUCGACUCUGCCAUGGACUGCCAGGCCCUCUGCCUCGGCGCCGGGGCCGACUACUUCGCCUACGAGCCUGGCCAGCUCUGUGUCUGCAAGGAGAUCGACGGAUAUUCGGAUGCGAGUUGCGUUCUCUACGGACUGAAUGCUGGCGCCCCGGACAUCACGUCGGGCCCGACGCAGUGCCCUGGGUGCAUCAUGGACGGGUAUGACGCCGCUGGCUCGGCAAACAUCUGUGGUUACGCAGUCGAGGUGAAGAUCGUUGCCACAACAGGCUAUGACUUCAGUGAGCCGUCAUGGAUCGCGACGAAGGGGCAUCCCGACAGCGCACACGGAUAACCUCAGGACGCCGUAUGAUUGCAGGAUGCUCUGCAUGAGCGAGACCGGCUGCGCCUUCUUCGCUUUCGAUGCAUUGAAGCAGCCGGGCAAGGGCUUCUGCGUCCUGAAGCAGUCGUAUGACCACCCGUCAUGCGUUCCGCAGUACGGGGAGGAUGACGACAUUGCUUCAGGGCCUGCCUAUUGCGGAAGCGCGGACACGUGCGGGGUGCUCAGAUCGUAUUACCAGGUGGAUUCAUGCUGCGCUGUCGCCAGUACUACAUCCGACGCCAGUGCUACAUCGUCAGAAGCUCCCGCCGAAGCUUCGUCCGCCUGGGGGUCCUCUUCUUUCCCAAUCACCACAGCAGUUCUCUUGUGUUUGGCUUACAGGGGGAGUGGCGCUUCCCAGACGCUCGCGUGAGGCCCCACUCCUCUGAGCAGGUGCGCGGCGCGUGCGACUCUCCGGUGGCCCUUUUCGGCUGCCCGCGGCCGAUGUCCUUCUCGCCGAUUCGCUUCGCUUCGCGGCAGGAGUGUCCGGAGAGCGUUCCCACGGGGUUUUGCGACCGCAUUGUCUGUGGUUUCCUCCCUCCUCCUCCUCUUCCUGCUCCUUCUCCCCCCUUUUCCCUUCCUCCUGCU